UAAUCUUGUGGGGAGUACUUUCUAGGAUAUUUGUGGCUAAAUAAAUGCACCAGGUAGACGUGAGGGAGUCAAAUGUUAUGUAAAUUUAGCAUGUAUCGUCAUCAAAUUGAGUUUUAUAGCUUUUAUAAUAUGUUAUGUUCCAGGCUGAUGGAUGUGUGGGGAGUGAAACUACAUCUAUAUUUAACAAAUCAUGACCAAAUUUGUAAAUCAUUAAUAGGUAUAAUGGGUUUCAAAAUAUAUUAUAAAAUUAAAAUGACCGAUGUCUAUUACAUUAGGCAAAUUUUUUUUUUUUUUAAGCAAAAAAAUGAUGGGUAAAAUAUAUAUUAUUUAAAAAAAUAAAAAUAAAAAAGAAAAUGGGAUUCUAGGCAACGUAAUGUCAAGGCCAGGGCUACGGGGGGAAUACAAUACGACUUAAAAAAUAAAAAAAAGCCCUAAACUGAGAAUUUACGCGCCAAAAAAGCAGAGAAAUUGAGAAGAGUGGGACAAUGACGUCAGUGGUGGGAUGGUAUGGACCGCUGAUCGAUCUCUCAAGAGCGGCUCUUCACGUCGGCCAUUUUGUUCAGCUCCUGGUCUUCGUCCACCGAUGCACUCCCGUUCAGUGGGAUUGAAAUUGAAUUGGGGGAGGAGAUUGCAGUAUAAAUCAUGGAAAGGAGGAGAGGUAGUGAGGAAGGACAUCCAGGUAGGAGACGAUACAAGGCCUUUCUUCUCCAUUUCCAUUUGGCAAAAACAUUUGGCUUCCAUGGUCGUUGCCGGCGACGUCGUUUUGUUACAAAAUGUGAAGAUUACGAAAUUCGGAGAUAUUGUGGAAGGCAGAGCCACCCACUGUUCUUCCUUGCUUUCUCUCAUCCACCAACCUUUUCAAUCACUUAUCUCCAAAGGUGUAGGUGAUUUAGUAGCUGAGUGUCGUGUUAUUGGGUUAACGGCUAAAGAAAAGCUUACCAAGCUCAUGGAAUGGCUGCUCCGAUCUGCUUCUGCUUCCACCUUUUCCGACUUUCAGCCCUACCGCCACGCCCUUCCUAACACCCAUUUCUCUAAAAACUGGAAACUUGAGGAAAAAAGAAAAUCAAAGGACUAUUUUUCGCUCACAGAAGUAUUACGUUUAACUGGCUCUUGUAAGGCGGUCUUUUAUGCGUCUGUUGGCGAGAUUUUUCUUCCAUUUAUCAGCGGACUUCUUGGCGAUGAAUCUGAUAAGGAAAAGAUGUUUGUCAGUAGGAGAGUGUAUGGAAUAGAAGACUCUCCUUUGGCAACUGAUCUCAUUUGUACUGGCUGCCUGUUUUGUGGUACCCCUUUCGAUAUGGAGAACAGCAGGUACAACAUGGUUGAGCAGAAUGCAGGACCAUUUUAUUGCUCAAAGACCUCAAAUCGCCUUCACAAAAUAAGCUCCAUAUACAGGCCCUUCAUGUUAUAUGUAUGGGAUGAAUCAGACUAUGUACCCCUCCUUGUCAAAAACAAGGCUGCAGAGCUAUUGUUUGGAAACUUGAGUGCUGAAAGAGUAUAUUCAUGCUUUAGAGAGCAACAGAAUGACCAAAACCCAGAUCCAAUAGAUGAUCACAAGGACAAUCAUCACAAUUCAAGAGGUCCCAAUCAAAUACAAGCUGUUGGGGUAUCGGAACCUGUUGUUUCUUGUGCAUUGGAUGCUAAAAAGAGCUUGGGAUUCAAGGCAAAUGUAAAUGAUAUCAACUUUUAUCUUAUCUGGUUAAUUCUUUUAAAAUCCUUGCUGCAACAAGGAAAGAACAGUCCACUGAAAUUUGAAAUCAUUGUAAAUCCCGGCCUGGAUUGUGAAAAUGGGAGGUUUGAAAUGGUUUCUGUAUGGAUGCCAUGUUCCAGAACCAAAAAGAUUGUAUCAUAAAACUGAUGUCGCAAUUUGAAAUAUAGCUUCACUCAAAUAGAACUCAUGCAUGAAAAUUCCUUU